UAGUGCCAAUCAAUCAAUCAAUUCAAUCCACAUUAGAAAGCAAGAACUACUAUUGAUUGCAUUUCAAUUUCAGUAGAAAAUCCAAAUGAGUCUUCUUGUAGUAGGGAUUUCUGCAUCAUUUAUACCUCCAAACACACUCUCUCUCUUCCCCACUAAGAACAAUCCCAAAAUCCCAGAAAGAAGGAAUUCGAUUCUGCGCAGUAACACUUACAAUCUCAAUUGCUGCAAUACCGAUCGGCAAUUAACAUCGGAAACUAUGGAAAUUAACCGGACCCUUUAUUCGGAUAUAGAGCCGUACAAUUCGGGUUUUCUCAAGGUUUCAGAAAUUCACACAAUUUACUACGAACAGUCUGGAAAUCCAGAUGGGCACCCAGUGGUUUUUCUCCAUGGAGGUCCAGGUGGUGGGACUUCACCCGGUAACCGGAAAUUCUUCGAUCCCGUUUUUUAUAGGAUCGUUUUAUUCGAUCAGCGAGGUGCUGGUAAAAGUACACCUCAUGCUUGCUUGGAGGAGAAUACGACUUGGGACCUUGUUGCGGAUAUCGAAAAACUGAGGGACCAUUUAAAAAUUUCGGAAUGGCUGGUUUUCGGUGGUUCGUGGGGAAGCACACUCUCUCUAGCAUAUAGUGAAUCCCAUCCCGACAAGGUCACCGGCAUGGUACUGAGAGGGAUUUUUAUGCUGCGCAAGAAAGAAAUUGAUUGGUUUUACGAGGGUGGUGCUGCUGCCAUAUUCCCUGAUGCUUGGGAGCCAUUUAGAGAUCAUAUUCCGGAAAGUGAAAGGGGAUGUUUAAUCGAUGCUUAUCACAAGAGGUUAAACUCGAACGACAAGGAAACACAAUAUGCAGCAGCUAGGGCAUGGACCAAGUGGGAAAUGAUGACAGCUCAUCUUCUGCCGAAUGAGGUUACCGCAAAACGAGGAGACGAUGAUGAGUUUUGCUUGGCUUUUGCGAGGAUCGAGAACCACUACUUUGUCAACAAAGGGUUUUUGCCUAAAGAAACAUACCUGUUGGAUAAUAUCGAGAAAAUACGACACAUCAACACUGUAAUUGUGCAGGGAAGAUAUGACGUGUGUUGCCCUAUGAUGUCAGCAUGGGAUCUUCACAAGUCUUGGCCAGAAGCUGAUUUCAGAGUGGUUAAAGAUGCCGGCCAUUCUGCUAACGAACCAGGAAUAUCUUCUGAACUUGUUUCUGCUACUGAGAAGUUGAAAUUUAUCAUCCAGGAAAAUCGAUCCUAGUGCAUAAGAAAAAUCUUCGUAAUUUAUUGCUGAUCAGAUCUAGAUUUGAAUAUCAGUACGGUUUCUUUUACAUUACUGGUUUUCUAUGGCUGCCUUGUUUCGAUUCUUAAGGUCAUCUCAAAAAAAAAAAACAGAGAGAUUAUGAACACAUUGCAUAAAUCAGUUACAAAAUGA